GUUUCGUUUCUAAGUUAAACUUAUGAAUAUUUAUAACCGAACUCUUGAAUUGAUACGAGUGGAUUUAUCAGUUGAGAAGUUGUUAAAAUGGUAACUCAUACUUGAAACUUCAUCAAUAUGUCCAGUGUCGUGUUUUAUGAAUUUAACAGUGACACUAUGGUUAAGUCAACAUCUACAAGAUCUUUAUUAGACACCUGAAACCUACAAAACAAUCAGAAAAAUUACCUUGGAUUUUUUACUUUUUCCAAAAUAUUGAGGAAUUAUUUGAUUUCAAGGUUUUGUAGUUGUAAAGAAAAUAUAUAUUUUAACUCUCCGAACAAGAUCGGAGUGUGAAGAAUUGUUAAAAUAAUAGGAAAAUAACUUUGGAUAUUCAAAAUACAAAAAUUUCAGUUGAUGGUACAUGAGUAAUUUCCCUAAACGAGAUCGAACGAAUGAACAUGAAUGCGUUUUGUCCGGAAUGAAAGAAAAGUGAAUAAAUAAAUGUGGAGUGGGUAAUUGUAAUCUACACAUUUGUACUGGAUUGACCUUCUAUCAAGUGUUCACUUAAAGAGAAAUAAAACUUUCUAUUCCGUCUGCUCUGGCUGUGGUAUAUUUAUGGCCUGCUGGGAAUUAUUAAGUGUAAGUUCCCAGCAAAAGGCACUCGUGACCUUGUUAUAGACUAAACACCAGAGUCAGUGUGUCACUUUCAGUCCACCAUAAUAAAAAUAUUCUUCCGAGAACUGAGUGAAAAAAAAAAAUAUUCUUGAUUCUGUACCUCCACCAAUAAUCAAGAAACAGAGAUUUCAAAUGAAAAAAAUACAAAACAGAGCUGCAUGGUUUUUCAUCAACAAGAAUUGAAAUCGUUUAGGAUUGGUUAUAUAAUAAUCUAGGAAACAAAAUUUGAAGUGGAUAUCCUUAAAAGAUAAUAAUUUCUGACCUGUUUUUUUUUUCUGUUGGAAUUUACUUGUGUUUGUUGAAAUGGAUUAAUAUUAAUUCGUUCUUUUACGGAUGGUCCGCGAAAAAAAUCCGGAAGAAAUGUUGGAAACGGAAGACAGUGGAUCGUACACGGAUGAAGCUGUUCUGCUGACCCGUUCGAUGUGGUUACGACACGAACAGCAAUCAUAUGAACAGACGAUGCGCUUAAAACGGAAAUUGUGGAAGAGUCGUCAACUAUCUGGUACAUAUGGGCAGUUAGGGGUCAACAAUCUAGUCAUUAUGACAGAUAACCUACAGCAAGAGGAGGCGGCCAUGCAGCACCGUAUCCCCGUCUCCUUCCGCGAGCCCUCGGCCGCUCCACUGAGGAAGCUCAGCGUUGACCUCAUUAAAACUUAUAAACACAUCAAUGAGGUGUACUAUGCAAAGAAGAAACGUCGAGCACAGGUAACUCAGGGUGACGAAAGUGGCAAUAAGAAUCGUAAAGUUAAUGUUCAUUCAUAUAACGAGGGUUACGACGACGCUAAUCAUGAUUAUAUGGUGAAUCCUGGGGAGAAAUGGUUGGAAAGAUAUGAAAUAGAUUCAUUAAUAGGAAAAGGAUCUUUUGGUCAGGUGGUGAAGGCGUAUGAUCAUAAAGACCAAGAACAAGUGGCCAUUAAAAUCAUCAAAAAUAAGAAACCAUUUUUAAAUCAAGCCCAGAUAGAAGUCAAAUUAUUAGAAUUGAUGAAUAAACAUGAUACAGAAAAUAAAUAUUAUAUAGUUCGGUUGAAGAGACAUUUUAUGUUCCGUAACCACCUGUGUUUAGUGUUUGAACUAUUAUCUUAUAAUUUAUACGAAUUAUUACGAAACACAAACUUUCGUGGCGUCUCGUUAAAUUUAACCCGGAAAUUUGCUCAACAGUUGGCCACGGCAUUGUUAUUUUUGGCCACCCCAGAAUUGAAUAUAAUACAUUGUGAUUUGAAACCAGAGAAUAUUCUACUGUGUAACCCAAAACGUAGCGCAAUAAAAUUAGUGGAUUUUGGAAGUUCGUGUCAGUUAGGGCAAAGAAUAUACCAGUACAUUCAGAGUAGAUUUUAUCGAUCACCGGAAGUGUUAUUAGGCAUUCCAUAUGAUUUAGCUAUAGAUAUGUGGAGUUUAGGCUGUAUUCUUGUUGAAAUGCAUACCGGGGAACCAUUAUUCGCUGGCUCAAAUGAGUUUGAUCAGAUGAUGAAAAUAGUAGAAGUUCUGGGAAUACCACCGGACCAUCUCCUAGAUCAGGCACCCAAAUCUAAAAAAUAUUUUGAGAAAAGCCCAGAUGGUUCUUAUGUGUGUAAAAAACCUAAAGAUGGAAAAAAAUAUAAACCGCCAAAUUCACGACGUCUUCACGAUAUCAUUGGUGCCGAAUCGGGAGGACCCGGAGGACGCAGAACGGGAGAACAGGGUCACACUGUCGCUGACUAUUUAAAAUUUAAGGAUCUGACGUUACGAAUGUUGGAGUACGACCCGAAGAAGAGGAUCACGCCAUACUACGCCUUACAGCAUAAUUUCUUUAAACGGACAACAGAUGAAAGUACGAAUACCUCAAAUAGUACGUCCACUAGUCCUGCAAUGGAUCAGACUGUAUCGAGUUCUACAGUGAGUUCUAGUAGUGGAAGAGCCCGCUCCGAUCCUACUCAUCAACAUCAUCCAAACGUACAGCCUCACUCUCAUUCAGCUCAUCAAACACGUACCAGUCAAUUUUCUACUAAUAUGGAGUGUGAAAGUCCUGCGCAAAGACCCGGGGCGAACAUUCUACAUCGACAUUUAGAACAUCAACAGAGCUGGUCGGGGGUCGAAGGUCAUGGACGUCAUAGUAACGGAUCACAUUCCCACUCGCAUCGUCAUUCUCAUCAUAACAUCCAGCAUCAGUCUCCCCCGUCUCUCAUGACGACCAGUCACAUGAGUAGCAGAUUGCCGCCAACAGGAAGUAUUGUUAUAGACAGUUCGAACUAUGGAUCGCGGCACGACUACACUGGUUCUGUGUCUUCCACUACGUUAGACUGUGAUAGUAAUUUAUCGAGCGUGUCACAGGAUCAGGCCACGCCUCUAGCUGGAACGGUUAAUAUGCAACUGACGGGUUAUCCAGCCCAGUAUAGUCAGUUUCCUCAACAAACAUGGCCAUCAGGAACUUUUCCCUACUCGUUAACAACUUCAACGGGUCCUGGACUAACUGGACACGAACAAUCAUCACAACAUGGCCGGACUGCUAGUGAACGUAGUGACGAGUCACCCAUGAUGGGCGUGUGUGUUCAACAAAGUCCUGUCGCAAGCCAUUAACGGCUGGCCCCUUUCUAGAAUUUUACUCAAAUUAUAAAUAUCAUGGUUGAUAAGAAUGAACGACGUCUUGUGAUUACUACCGAGUUAACAGAUAACGAAAUGUUUAGUUUUGUACGACAGCCCCGAAGCCUUGAUGCUCGGUGGUAAAAUCGCAUAGUUUGCUUAUCUGUCGGCUGCAGUUGUAUGCCUAUAUAAGGUGUUAAGGGGAGAUAAUUGCUAGGUUAUUGGUGACAAAGUGAAGUUGGAAACUAAGGAAUGUGGUUUAUGAAGCCUACUACGUCACAAAAAAACUGAAAAAAUAUGGUUCUCAAAUUUUAACUAUAAUCACACUAUACGUACAUUUAAUGUAGAGCUACACUUUAUGGCCAUGUGACUGUGUGACGUAAGUGAUACAUUUUAAAUGAUGGUUUUAAACAUAAGAAAUAUAACAUAAAUUUUAAUGCAAACUGGGAACCUGAAUUGAAAGUGAUGACGUAUUAGUGAAAGAAAUAAUUAUCUUGUAAACCAAACGUGAAUUAUGAAUAGUGACUGGCAAUGUGUGUGCAGGCUGCUUGUGCUCACCAAGACGUUCAGUAAAUCGCGGGUAAUGGUUACCUUGAAGCGAUGUCAGAAGGUUCAAGACAGGCAACGUUGGAGAAGACAUUCAAAAUGGGCAAUACGAUGCUUGAGAUUGAAAGUCUACGAUGGGCAUUAUCCCAGCAAGAAGAAACAGAACAGAGUUGAAAUGGACAGAAUCCUAAGAACAAAUUAUUAUAACAAAACCAAACUUGUGUUUUUUUUUAAAAAAAAUCAGUCAUGAUGCAUAUUUCUGUUUUAAUAUAACUUGUUAAAAACAAAUACGACCAGAUUUUUCAAUGAUAAUGUACCUGGACUAUGUCUAACCUUUUUCCGGUUAAGACGUCCAUAUUUGUAAAAUGAUAUCGUACGUGUUGUCUAUGAAAUCGUGAUGUUCGCGAGUAACGUUUAAAACCAAAGUCGAGCUAGUAUUGAACAAAAGAUAAAAAAUCACUACUAUAACUGCAGAUCACAUAAAAGACGAAAAUGAAACUGAGUCCAGCUUAUCAUUGAAUACCUAAUUAAUUUAAAAGACUGGUAUGAACAUGCCUACAUUAUGUAUGAACAAUCCAGUCUUUUAUCACUAUGUGUUACAUAUGAUUUUAAUGAAUGCCGAUUGGGCUCAUUGUAAAAAGCUAGGUAUUGACAAUUCAUUGUAAAUAUAGCAACCAUGUAAAUAGAUAUAUAAUAUGUGGAUUUCGAUUGGUCCUGGGUUUGUAUUGGUAGCCAAUUGAAAUGUAGCGAGAAUGUUGAUGAUAUUCGCAAUAAAUUGACAAAGAAAUUGGAAGUAGAAAAUGAUAGAUUUACAAAUGAAAAGCUAGGAUCUCUUCCAUUUCCUCAAUACAUUGUUAUAAUCAUUUCACUCAUUGCCUAAACCUUAAGUUUAGCCAACUUUAAAAAUAAAUGAAUUAUUACCCAACAAAAUCAAACCAGACAAGUUACUGGAAACGAAAAUAAAAUACAUUGAUAAACUAUAAGGUUAUCAUUUUAAAAAAGCCUGUAAAUGAUCAUCUUCUGAAACACAGAUAGUUUUUUUUUUAUAACAUACAAUGUAUUCUCAGUUUAUAAGAAAAAUGGGUAAAAUGAAAUAAAAUAUCUACAUCCAGCAUUACUGGCUAGCAUAUGCCAAAAUUAUGUUGAAUAAUCAACGAUAGAAAUACAUUUUACAUAGAAAUAGUUGUUGCAUUUUGUGUAUCAGUUAUAAUAUUGUAUAUUUAGGAUAUUGGUUCUGAUAAACAUGAAACUAAGAAAAAGAAGUUAGAAGUUGCAAUUUGAAACCAUCUCUUCUAGUCUGGUCGUCACUUGAUAUUACCGUGUCGUAUCACAUCUAACUCUAACCUGUGUACUCGCAAUAAGUCAGCAGUAGUUGGAACACAGAGUAUAGGGGGUUAGGGUUCAGAUUAUCAGCAUACAGGUAUGUUCUGUGACACAGUUUAAUAGAAUGCUGACCCCCUAGUCUGUGAGUUCUGACUAAACUGUUAAACCUGGUUGGUAAUAGUGAAUGAUUAUAACAAUGUAUAUAUUGACUAGUCAUAUGUUAUAUGAUAUAAAUAGAAUAAAUCACCAGCUAUAGAUAAAUACACCCUAUACACAUACUGUAUAUACAUACAACUAUCAACAUCUACUCAAACUCUACUUGCAUUUUUAAUCUACUUUUAUUUUACUGCCAAAAAUCUGUUUUGAUUGGACCAAACUAGAACACGUGACUAUAUGAAAAGUCUUUUGAUUUGUCUAUACCCCAUAGUAAAAUUUCUAAUCUAUUUUCAUUUUACUGCCAAAAAUCUCUGUUUUGAUUGGACCUAACUAGAACAUGUGACAAUGGAAACCGGAUAAAAACAUUAGUAUUCUUCUGACUAAAAUUGUCAAUGUAGGAAUUAAAAUGUUGGUCAUCUAGCUUCGUGUCUGUUCUCAAGCAGAGCUAAUUGUAGACAGACAGCUUAAGUUUCUUAUGUACCCUAUAGUAAUAAACACAGUAUUCUUACUUAUUUGCAUAAUAAUAUUAAUAAUACCAGGAAUUCUAAUUUUAUUUUAAUAACGUGCUUUGUUUUGACUGUUAAAUUUUAAGUUAUUAUAAUAAGGUUUUAUUUGGAAAUGUUAUUUUAAUUAAAACAUAAUGUGGAUUAGUAGGUUGCAAAACGCAAGCUUGAUCAACCUAAAAAAGGCUAAUACCCGGUUUUCUAUCUUCAUUUGAACAAAAGAAUAUGAAUAAAAUGUGUAUUAGGCUGUGGUAAAUCAAUACCUGAUACCCUGCUAUCAAAUAAAUUAAAUGUGUAUCAGUCGGUCCCAACUUAAAAAGUGAUGCCCUGCUUUGCAUUAUUCUGUACAAUGUAUCUUGGGUGAAUCAUUGAAAGGUCUGUCAUUGAGUCAGUUGGCAUGUUUUCACUUUUCAGCUUGUACGUGACAAGGAGUAGGGUCGUAUGUCCAACCUUGUGGGAUUUUAAAAGGUUCUCCAGUUUCCUCCCACUGUCCCACUGUUGAAGACCCCACACGUGGAAGCAAAUUAUUGAAAUAAAAUUAAACCAUAUGUUAGUCUCGAAAUGACAUAGUUUGUUUCGAGUGGACAUUAAACCCACCCUUCUCUCUCUCUCACUCUCUCUCUCUCUGACUGAAUAAAUAAAAUGAAAUUAUUAUGAGUAGUAGUACUAGUAGAUGUUGAUAUGUUGUGUAUGUAAUAAUGGCUGCUUUAUGUAAAUUUAAUGGUGUGUAAAGCUAACCAUUGAUAUUUGAAUGUUUUUAAGGAACGUUCAUACCAUUAUAUAUAAUAACACUGUAAUAUAAAUAUAAAUAUAUAUAUAUAUAUGUAUUGAUCAUUAUUUAUUAAAUUCAUGGUAAAAUUUUUAAAACAAAUAUGUAUAAAAUAACAGAAUUUUUAAAAGAGGCUUUUUUUUUUGUUUUAAACUUUUAACCCCCUCCCUGUUUCUUUGUAAUAGAUUAAAAAAAAUUUUAAUCCUUUAUCUUAAUUCCUUUACGACUAUUCUGGAGUUUAUUCAUUAUUUUAAAAACUUUUGCAUGGUCGAAUUUUUCUCCCCCUCUCUCUUUAUGCUUGAUUUAAAAUUCAUUAGUUAAUAAAAAGAAAUGAGAACUUUUGAAAAUAUCAGCUACUAUGUAAUGAAAAUUCAUUUAGAAAAUACACUUAAUGAAAAGAUAACUAUAUCUACUAUCUCCAAAUUUUAAAAUUUCAAAAGUCUAUUCACAAAAGCUUGGAUCUCUUAAAAUGGAUUAUGAAGAAAGACUCCUAAGUUACUGUAACUGUAUUAAGCAGGUUUUUUUAAAAAAAUUAAUCGAUUCUACGAGAUUUAGUUUUUGUUAAUAACAGCCUUUUGUUAUUCUCAAAUAAAAAAAUAAAGAGGUAUUAAUUGAGAUUUAAAAAUGUGCGGUUCCAUUUAUUAGUAUAAAUUUAUUAGUAUAAAUUAGAGGCCAAUAAUGUUUUAUGAAAAGAUGGAUAGCAGUUGAAAAUGUUCAUUGUCUUUGGAAAUUCUUUAAAUUGUAAAAUAUUUUUUAAACUCUGUAACCAUGCAUUGUGAUUAUAAUCAGAUAGAAAUUUUUAAGUCUAUUUAAGAAGUUUUUUCUACUAUUUUUAGACAGAAGAAAAGGUUUUAUUUUUAAGAUGGGUAUUUAUGCAAUAACUGUAGCUGCUACUACCAUUCCUUACUCUUAUCCUUUCAUUGGAUUUACAUCAAAUUUUGUCAGCUGAACCCUUGUUAUUUUAGUUUCAUUUGGAAUAAUUUCUUCUUUUUUUUUUAUUCGUAAGCAAAAAAUCAUGAUUAAAUUAUAGCAAGAAAGUUUGAAAUCUUUGUUUUACCAUCAAAGUUGAAUUUAUUUGUUAUAUAAAAAUAUAUAAUUAUUUUGAAUUUUUCAUUAAAAGAAAAAAAUAGAUGAUAUUUUCAAUUAGUUUUGUUUUAUCAUUCAUAAAUUCUAUGUUUCACGGUCCUCAGAACUUUCGGAAGUAGAGAGGUAUUUCAAUUUUAUAAAGACAAAUCAUAGAAUUACCAGUAUGUGAAUUGCAACUUUGUUUUAUUUAGUUAAAAAAUAAUUCUAUUUUGAAAAAUUGAAUAAUAUGUUUGUUUUACCUGUAAGUGCAUGUCAGUGACAUGUCAGUUAUGUCGACAGAACUUUAAAAUAAAUCUGUUUUUCUUCUUGUAAUAGUUUGUCCGUGAUAAGUAAUUAUGUUUAGUUUGUAUUUUGAAAUGGUAAUGAUAAUAGUAGCCUAAUCUUAACAACCCCUGGAAGAUUGAACUAUUCCUGUAUUGUAUAUUAAACAUGAACAGUUUUGGACAAGUUCAUGCUAUUUUAAGGAGAGUUCAAGUCAAAUAAAUGAUAUAGAAAUAUAAUAGUUAUAUUGUGUUAAUUUAUUCUUCUAAUAUAAAUAAAAUAUCUUAAGUUUAAAACUGUUCUCACUAGAUCUCUCUUCAUUUGGGUUUUAUUCUUUGAACAUUGAAGAGAAACUUGACCAGAUAUGUUAUCUGCAAUUUUAGAUCUUUUUACACAAGGAUGAUUUCUUGUUGACCCACACACCACUUCCUAUCACAAAUCUGUCAAAAGGAGAUAGUGGAUCUUAUUCAUGAAUACUUCUAUCUCCCUUAAAACUUAGAAUGAUAUUAUUGGUAAUAUGAUUUUAGACCGGUUUCAUGAGUUAAGACCUUGAUCCAUAUUAUAUACUGGCCUGACUUGGUUCAGAUUAUGGAUAAGAAUCAAAAAGGAAAUAAAAGACUUGUAGUGGAAACAUGGCUAACGGUCAAUAAGAAAUAAACGACUUGUAGUGGAAGCCAUUCUUCAAGUGCAAACUAUUUAAAUCAAAUGGAGUAGUUGUCUACGAGAAAAAGUUAAUAAAUAGUUAAGUUUAUUAUUAAAUAAAGUUUAGUAUAUUUUAGUAUAAUUUCUGUAUAAUUUAUAGAUAAUUACAGUAUGUAGUUUUAUCAACUACCCUGCUCAUCAUUGAACGCCUCGUACCUUGUAGUUUUAACAAUACAUGCAUUAAAAUCAAGCUCCUGCUUGCAAAAUAUA